UGAGCCGCCCCCACCCAGAGCAGGCAGGCAAGGCAGGCCACCACGCCCUCCCCCUCCUCUCGCUCUCGCUCUCGCUCUCCUCUCCUCUCGUCUCCUCCUCCCGUUCCGCGCCGCGCGGAAGGCCAAGGGGAGAAGGAAGGCCCUCAAGAUUUCCCCGGAACCCCCGCACCCGUCUCUCCCCACCCCACCCGCCUCCUCCACCGCAGGGGUUUCACCACCACCCACCCGUCCGCCCCUCCCGCUCCCAAUCCCAGUCAGUACCCGCCUCACCGCCGCCGCAUUCGAAGGUGUCUUGCCUGCCAUCCGCAGCAGAGUCGCCGAUUCCCCCUCUCCUGAGAGCAAGCCCUGCCGGUUUGUGGAUUUCGCUGCCAACCUUAGCUGGCCGUGGUGGGGAUUUUGGUGCCGGAGCUCUUGUCACGGCGAUUUGGGCUGGUGAUUCUCCGGGCCGUGGUUCCUUUGACGGGGGUUGGGUUGAUGGUGUUCCGGUUGGGGGUCUGAUUCGGGGGAAAGUUGAGGUUGUGUAUUUUUUUUGGAGCCCCUGGUUUCUCUGCUAUUGGAUUGAUUUGGGAUCCAUGAUCGAGAUUGCUCGGUGAAGUUUUUGGUCCUAGGGAUAUUUUUUGAUUGGCCCGGAUCAGGAAUAGAGGGUUCUCUUGAGGAGAUCUAGGGUUGCGUGUGCUAUCGUUCUGUGCAUAUUUGCUGUAGAAAAAAAAACAAAAAAAAAGGAGUAGGAGGUGGUGUGGAAGGGAAAUUUGGAGGCUAUGGCGCUGAAUUAUCCAUCCUGCUCGUUGCUGAUGAACGACGAGUGCUUUGCCAUGAUGAGAGGGUGUGGGUGCUGGUCGGAGGAGGCCUCCCCCCUGUCGUCCAUAGGGGUGAAUGCCCUGUUCCGGGAUGAUUUAGAGUCGGAGCGGGAUGAUGAGUCCGACCCUGUUGAUCUCUUGCCGACGGAUCCCUUUGGGAUGAACUUCGAGACCACACUCACUGCUGCGCUCGCCAGUUACUUCGGAGACCUCACCGGUGCUGGCCGUUUUGGAAACGGCGAUGGUGUUGCUGUUUGUGCUGACCUGAGUUAUUACUUCCUGAAUCAUGCUCUUGCACUCUCUCGAGAACCACUGAUUGGUGGUCACAGUAGUGCUUUCGAGGGACCCUUGGGGUUUGGAGGACUUGCCGCCGGUGGAGACACUGAGCAUUCUCCAGGAUUACCUCCGCGCGCAUCCUGCUCACAGUCAAUUGGGUAUGAGGAGGAUCCAUGCGCCUCUGGCAUUGCUGCAUUGGCGUGCUGUGAUGCUGUUCCUGUCCAGGAAGGAACUGCACCACAUGACGGAAUGUUGUUUGCUCUUGGCUAUCUUGGGCUUCGGGACAUCCUCUCUGUGGAGAUGGUAUGCAAAUCUUUGCAUUCUGCUGUUCGGAAUGACCCUUUACUGUGGAAGUGUAUCCAUGUUGAACAAGCCUUGUGCAAGAUUUCUGACCCCGAUCUUCUACGUUUGACACAAAAGUUCCCGGGGGCUUUGCAGUGUUUAAAUAUAAAUAAUUGCCUGAAUAUCACGGACAAGGGUUUGAAUGCUGUUCUUGAAAGUAAUCCAGGAUUAACAAAGUUGAGUAUUGCACACUGCGAACGAUUAACGUUAGAUGGUCUUAUCUCCAAUCUCAAGUCAUUUAGUAUGAAAGCGGUGUAUGGCAUCAAGAGCCUCAGAUUUGGUACACGCUUCAAUUUACCAAAAAAGCAGUAUGAGGAGUUACUAUCCUUGUUGAGCAUUGACAAGAUGCAGGAGCUGCACAACCAGGAGCCACGAUUCUGUCAAGCUAAUCAUCUUUUAUCAGAUUGCAGUGACGGAUAUGCUCUUGAUAUUGAGAUGUGCCCUAUUUGUCAGAGCUACAAACUUGUUUAUGAUUGCCCUGAAGAGGAAUGCAAUGCCAGAAGAUCUGGUAAUUGCAGAGCAUGCGGGAUUUGCAUCAAGAGAUGCGGGCAGUGUGGGAGGUGUUUAGAACCCGGUAUACAGUUUGAAGAAAAAUUUGAUCUGGUCUACCGUUGUUACAAGUGUCUAGGGGAUCCAGCCUCAUCUCUCACUGGGGAAAAGUAGAUGUGCUCUAUUUUAUCCAUUGGAAGAAUAUCUUCUCCUUGACCACCAGAGGAACAACAGUCACUGUCCAGCAGUUCAGCCAUCUUAACAUAAUAUCUCCUACCGAUGAAAAACAAAAAAAACAAAGAAGUUAGUUUGUUAUCCAAGGAGCAGUCUUUUGACAUAUACUACAUCUGUUUGCAAGAAAAAUAAAAAAACUUUGUGAAUUCAGCAAAAAGACAGGAUGGUUCCACUAUUAUGGUCUAACUACUGACAAUGAGGGAUGUUUCUUCCUGGAAUCUGCAGUUCCAAGUGUGUAAACGGCGGGUUGCUUGAAGCUGCAUCUUCCUGGGAGGAUUGAAGAUGAACUUAUUCCUUCGCUCCCUAAAAUAAAAGCUGUAUUAUUUAAACCAGUACCAUUCGAGACAUGUAAUAGUUUUAUUUUGGAGACAACGUGUGAUACGACUUGCUAGCUAGUACUCCCUCUGUUCCAUAAUUCUUGUCUCAAAUUUGCCUAAAAAUUGGAUGUAUCUAUUCCUAAAGUGUCUAGAUACAUGUAAUAUUUCGACAAGAAUUAUGGAACGGAGGGAGUAUUUCAUAUUCUCCUUGAGUAGAAAUAAAUGAUUGACUUCUAACCAAGUAUCACUGUUUUUUGAUUGCUACAUCGGCAUAUUGGCCAGUUGUAUAAUUUACUGUGAAUCUGUAAUUGAGGACACUAGGAACAAAAGUUGUUUUGGCA